UCUCUGUGCCGUCCUGUCAUGGUAGAAACACAGGCAUUCACACAGAACACAUAAUGCAUUUCAGAACGAUCCGAGAAUUUAGACCUUGGCCGUAGUGAUUUUUAGAUCCCACUCUUACUAUUCUUCAAAUAAGUGUGUAGCUAGUAGCUCUACCUUCUAUUUUGGUUUAUAUUUUUAGAUCAACUCACGUGCGACGCCGGUUUCAGUGCUUUAUUUACGUUUUACUUCCGUUUAUCGAAGACAUUUUCUUUGUCGACCAGUGAUCCAAUGUGAGGCAAAGAUUUAUUCUGUGUCCAUACUUAUUAUAGUUAAAAAAUAGUGAUGUUCCAGUGCAUUAUCCAGCAGAAGAACGGUUGGAUUCACUCCUAUAAUACCGAAAACAAAGAUGUAUUUCCAGAUAUUCGAUUGCAAUUAAACGAACAACUAAGAUGUCUAGAUGUGCGUAUGGAAGCGCAAGUUGCUCUUUUAACAGAGAUUCAAGAUGUUUUCCGCAGAAGAGGUGAAUUGGAGCUAGAUUAUUCAAAAAAUCUUGACAAAUUAGCCAAAACGCUUUUACUUCGACAUAAGGAACAAAAACAAAAAAGAGAACAGUGGCCUUUAUUUUCAAGUUAUACGUGCUGGCAGCAAUUGGUUGCUCAAACAAAGAAUUUAAGUAGAGAUCAUGCUGCCUUAUCCGAAGUUUAUUCUAAUCAUUUGGUUGCCCGUCUCUCACAAGUCAUGGAAGAUGUACAGAGAAUUUAUAAAAGGUGCAGAGAAAUCGGUUAUGAAACCCACGAAGAAAUCCUCCGAGUUUUACAUGAACUUCACACAACAAUGAAGACAUAUCAUAGCUACCAAGCCGAACUUCGACAAACAGAAACAAAAUUACGAACUGCCGAACUUCAAAGAAGUAAGCUGGAACAAUCUUUUACUCAAGACAAGUUGGAAAGAUCAAAAAAGUAUAAAUUGAUGGAAAAGGAAGUGAUGAAGAGAAGGAAUAAACAUACAGAUGUGAAACUAAAAGCCCUUAAAGCCAAAAAUGAAUAUUUAUUAUGUUUGGAAGCUGCUAAUACUACCAUUCAUAAAUAUUUCGUGGACGAUUUAUCAGAUUUGAUCGACUGCAUGGAUUUUGGUUUUCACAAUUGUAUAUCCAGAGCUCUAAUGAUGCAUAUAUCUGCAGAAGAAGGCCGACACAAAUCCGUUCAAAACGACUUGGAUUCAUUAUCUGCCUGUAUUAAUUCACUAGAUUCUCGUUUAGAUAAACAGAGGUUUCUAGAAUACAAUCAUGCUGCAUUUAUGAUUCCAAAAAAGUUGGAAUUUCAACGACAAAAGACUGAUGAAUCUCCAGAACCAGCAAUUCAGAGUAUACUGCAUAGAGAAAUGGAAACGAGACUGACCCAACUACAACAAAGAGUUACUUCUCUCAGAGCUGAAUCUGAAGAAGUAUGGAAAACUCUGGAAACAGCCGAAAGCACAUUACUAGAGAUGUUAUGUGCAAAAGAUUAUGACUGCAGUGGCUAUUUUGGUGAGAAUCCAUUGCCUGUUACGAAACCUCCUGAGACUGUUUCUAUAAAACUUAGAGCAGAUAGACAAGAGACUGAAGAAUUUUAUUUAACUAAAUUUCGAGAAUAUCUCUUGGGUUCAACUAAAAUAGCACGUUUGGAUGCCAAGCAGGAAUUUUUAAGACAGUCCUUACUAGCAGAGGCCCCAGAUUUUUGUAACUCUAUAAAACCAGUCAUUAAAACGCCUAAACGUAAAAGAAUUGGUAGACUUCAAAUGAGUGGACAACCAAAACUUUUUGGAGGGUCUAUUGAAGAGUACCAAGAAGCCACAAAUCAAGAAAUACCCUUAAUAAUGCGAUCUUGCAUAAGAGUUAUUAAUUUAUAUGGCUUACAUCAUCAGGGUAUAUUCAGAGUAUCUGGAUCACAAGUUGAAAUAAACAACUUUAGAGAAUGGUUUGAAAGGGGAGAAGAUCCUCUAGCGGAUAUGACAGAUGCUUCUGAUAUAAAUAGCGUAGCUGGUGUGCUAAAAUUAUAUCUCAGAGAAUUAAGGGAACCACUCUUUCCUAUCAUAUAUUUUGAACAGUUUAUGGAAAUUGCACAAUUAGAGUCCAAGAAAGAAUUCAUAAGCAGAAUGAGGGAGUUGAUGGCUAGUCUGCCGCGCUCAGUGGUAGUAGUGUUAAGAUAUUUAUUUGCUUUUUUGAAUCAUUUAUCCGAAUUUUCUGAUGAGAACAUGAUGGAUCCUUAUAAUCUAGCAAUUUGCUUUGGACCAACUCUAGUCCCUGUACCAGAAGAUAAAGAUCAAGUACAGUACCAGAACCAAGUUAAUGAGCUUAUUAAAAACAUAAUACUAUUUAAUGAAGAAAUUUUCCCAAAUGAUGGGGGUACAGUUUAUGAGAAAUAUAUUUCUCCCAAUUCUGAAGACCAGGACGUUGGUGAUUCCCCCGACCAAACGCAAGAAGAUAUGGAUUCAGAAGUAUAUCCUUCCGAAGAUGACUCUGAAAAUAUUGAAGCUACUGCACAAUUUGAUUUCAUAGCUAGAUCUGAUAGAGAAUUGUCCUUAAAAAGGGGAGAUUUUAUAACUUUAUAUUCACAAGUUUCAAAUGAUUGGUGGAGAGGAAUUGUUAAUGGAAAAGAGGGUUUGAUUCCAGAUAAAUAUAUAUCAUUAAAAAUUAAGGAUGACGAUAGGGAUAAAGUGGGAUUGAAAUCAAGUUCAUCAGAAGAAUCAGUCCAAAGAAGAACCCUCAGCUCCACAGAUUCCAUACUUUCUGAUAAUUAUACAACAGUUAGUAGCUCUACAAAUUCACCUACAGUGCAGUAUACACCAAUAACUUGGACUAAAGUGUCGGAUUUAGCUGAGUCUACUGAAAAUGCAACAGUUUUGUUAAACCAAACAAGAGAGCCUACUAAUACAACUACUAAUUCUGUUGAGCUGCUAACUGAAGCAAAAGUUACAACGUCUCCAACUGAACCCGAAAACCCGAUAGUGGUUCUGCAACCUGUGGAAAAUUCUACUCUUAAAUCAGAAAAACUUCUUCCUCAAUCCGAAAUAGAUGAAAGCAAUGUCAACUUUUCGGAGAAUCGAGAAUUAUGGCAACGUCGUGCUAUUUUAGAAUCUUCCCUAUUGGCUUCUCCUGUUUUAAAAUCACAAAGACUGUCGGAGCCUCACUUACAAAGACACAGCCACACACCUGAUUUGGUCAUGGAUCUACCCCUAGUAGGUACCGUUAGUAAAGAACAACUGACGAAAUCAGCAACUACUCUGACUUCUUUACCUGAUACUUCGCCCGAUAAAGAUACUAAAACUGUUGAGGGACCCUCAGGCGCCGAUAGCCCAGAUAUGCAAACAGCAGCUGAAACUUUCGCCAAACAGAAUCAAUGUACUCUGAAAAAGAAUAAGAAGAAUCAUAUAUCCGAUACUCCUGAAUACGUCACUAUUACAAGUCCUAUGCCAGAAAGAAAAUACGCCACUUUGGAACCAAACAUGACAAUGACUUCGACGUUUAAACCUGCAGGCGAAUCGAAACCAAUGGUGCUCAAAAAACCUGUUUUCUCGAUGCCACUGCGAUCUGUUUCAAUUGAAAUGAUGUGCCAGGACUCACCUGAUCUUCCAACAUAGAUUUUCAUAUUUUUCUGUUGGAUAAUCUUUUUAUUGCACGAUUUUUGGAAAUUUUUAAUUCAAUGUUUACUUCUUUGAAGAAUAUUGAAUGUUCUUACGAGGAGAUGGUUGAUUUUGCAGCCAUUUUGAUAUUUUCACUCUCAAUAUAUUGUUUAUAAUCUUAGAAUAUCAAUGUAUAUACAACAGGAACAUAAAUAUUGAGAUAUCAUUAUGCCUCGACUAAAUAUGGAUUGCCGUUGUAACUUAACUCCUAUUUAGAAAGUGACUUAAAACAAAUUCCUCAAAAGAUUUGAAUUAGAAAAGGUAGUAAAAAAUAUAUUUAGGUUCCCUCUUAAUGACAAUUUACCAACUUUAUAUUUUUUUAUUAAAUUUUAUCUUACUAAUUAUUUAAAUUUACGAAUUACGAACUAAUACAUAAAUCAUCAAAUAAGUUGAUUCCAUCUUACAUAUAUUUAGAUGAUCAUUCUUCGGCAUAAAUACUUUUAACAUAUUAGGCAGUUGAUAAUAGUAUAUGAAGAAUAUUGUUACGUUAGAGUGUGGAUGAUGUUACUGAUGUGGCUGCGACCAAAUUACUGUUAGUGAUUAAAUCAAUAUUUCUGAAAAGAUACAAAACCGAAAAAAGUGACAAGACUAUAAUGUACUCGCAAAAACACUUUUUUGUCAAAUGUUAAUUUUCAAGCUAAGGACAGUUGUAUUCUAAGAGACGUUUUGCUUCUGUGAGGUGUCAAUUUUGUACUUUUAAAGAGUAAAUUGUAGCUUACUCAAAUGAUGCACAAAAUAUCUGGUUCGGUUAGGUUAGAUUAAAUAUCUUCCACAUUAUACAUGUGACGUAUAUCACUUUAAAUUAUUGCUUAUGAUAUAUUAAAGACAACCGAAUUGAUUAUUUCAAAAAUAACUUGAGUCAAAAAAAUCAAAUUUUCAGCAGAGACAAAAAGGUAAAUGAAAUAAAAACAAUUUUGUUUUGAUAAACAACCUUCUAGUUGACAAUAUACAAUCACAUUAACACAUUUAAUCGCAGCAUCUUAGCUCUUAUACAGUGUGUAUAAAAAAAUAAAAUAAAUUUGUGACUAGUGGUUUCUGGAAUAAAAUAUAUGUACCAUUACUAUUUUGAGUUAAAAUUAUUUUAGACUCAAUGGAUUGGUUGUGACUUGUGAUUUUCACAAUAAGCAAUGUAACAUGCCAAAAAAGUUAUAGUAUACCUUGAUAAUAAGCAAAUAGGUACGCCAAAUAAGUUGAAAUUAUUUCAGGGCACGUAAUUAUACUCUUCAAUGGGUUCCACAUUAUCAACAGCCAUGUCGAAAUUCAAAAGCCAGUCGAAAAUGGUAAAUGUUCCUCGGGAAUACUUCCUUUCACCAGUUUGAUAUCUAUCUUCUUUGGAUUAAUAGAAACAUAGUCAUUGGCGUAAGCCUGUUAAAUUGGUAGUGUUACUUCUGCUGAUGUCUUACCAAAAAUGGAAGUAUAUAUUAGGAGACCAUCACUAAAAUAUUCGGAGCAACGAUGCCUUUUUUGUUUGUGUCGUAUUUAAGACCCAUGAAUGUAGACAAUAUGAAGGAUACUUUUCGUUAUUUUGCCACCUUUUGUCCAAAACAUUCACCCGCCACACAAUUUUUCCUUGUAAUAUUUGGGCCACCAUUUGUUAAUGUCCGAUAUCUGAGUUGUGUGCUUCAUGAUUACAGAAAAUUUGGAGUAGUAUGUUAUUUUGUGAAAACGUUUUUUGUCUGUUAAAGCCUGUAAAAAUCUAACUAUCCUUUGAUCUAUACUCUGAUCAGGGCAGUUGUCAGAAAAAAUGAAAAGCUCCUUUAUAAAUUUGUUUAGAAAGUUUUCAAUGUAAUGCAGUAUCAUUGAACAAACUUCAUUGGCGCUUUUGUUGAUCAAUACCCUCAUGAUAUGUGUAAAAUAUCGAUUUUCCCGUACUCACAUUUUUUAUACCGAAAUAAUUAAUCACAAUUGACGAAAAGAGAAAAUCUCCUGAACGAGUAUACAGGUUAGUGGCAAAUUCUGUAUGAAAUUAAAGGUUACAGCUGCCAUAUCAUCACGUGUUUUCAAAUUUUCUUUUACUUCAGAUAUCUUUUUGUGAAAUUUCUUUGCUUUUCUUUUGUGUAUUGCUAUUUCGGCUUGUGCAGUUAAUGUGGCUUGGACUUCACACAUAAUUUCUUACAAGUUAUACAUAUAUCCACCUGAGGUCUCCCAAAUCGUAAAGAGAACUUGUGGAGGUUUUGUGUUGGCUUUAGGAUGCUUUUCGGAUUUGUUAUGAGAAGUAAGUUUACAACAAAUAGAUUACUACAGAGCCUCCUGACUCUGUUUCUGUAAAGCCAUAAACUGAUUGGAAUGCGUUUUUGGAAACUUUUUUCUUCUUUUCUGGCAAAAUAAUGGAAUUUUUGAAUAAAUGCUGCCUAGACAGUGCUCCUUCUUUCCGUGGUCUGUGAGGUUUUACAAUAUGUUUUUCAAUUAAUAGUUACAAGAAUAUAUCUUGUUCGUUCCUAUUGAUAAAACUAUUUAUUUUAUCAAUACUGUGGUCGAGGUCGCCUUUUACAAGAUAGUUGAAACACUGUUUUCUGCAACUAAAUGGAAAAUAAUAUACUAUCUUUGUAGUUACACUUUUUGGGAAAAAAACCUGCAAUUUGGUCCCGUCAUAUACUGAAAUUUUAUUUUUUUCAGGGAUCUAUCAUUAUCACUGGUAUCACUAGAUCGUUAAAAAGUACAUACAGUGCAUUACUAGCUUUAGAACAGCUACCUGAUCAGUCAUCAUGCUCUGAGUCAAAUCAACACAAGUCAUUGUUUUAGCAGUGAACAUUCAAAGUAGAUUCAUGCUUUUCACAUAACGAAAUAUGCGAUUUACAUUCUUUUACUACUAAACGAUGUAUUGACACUCCGUUAGCUUAUAGUUACACUGUGGUAUGUGCAGUAAACAAAGUAUUGAGAAAAAGCAAAAUAAAAAAAUGGCCUCGUGAUACAGUGUUAUGCACAAGCCUACAUUUAAAACAAUUGCAGCUUAGUUAGUUUAAUUAUGAUUAUUAACAUUUCUAAGAAAAAAACUCCAAAAU